GUAGGGAUGAUAAUUAAUCAGCAAUUUAGCACACUAAAUUCUGGUUAUCAACUCUUUAAAUUUCUUUCAAUUCCCUAUAUAAUAAGAUACCCUUCAAGUACUGCUCAUUCUUCAUCCUGCUGCUGCAUUCUUCUCUUGGAUUCAGGCACAGGGAAAGCGAGGAUGAUCUGGAGGAUAUGCUUGUUGUUGCUGGCCUUAAUGGCUACAUUGUCAACUGCUUCAAUUGACAAACAAACAUAUGUAAUUCAUAUGGACAAAACCAAGAUCCCAGCCUCAUAUCAUUCUCCAGGAAGUUCCAAACAAUGGUACGAAGCUGUGAUCAAUUCUGUCAACGAAUUCUCAUCUCAAGAAGAAGAAGAAGAAGAAGAAGAAGAAGAAGAAACAGCUUCUCCUCAUCUUCUUUAUGUCUAUGAAACAGCCUUUUCUGGUUUUGCUGGGAAGUUCUCUAAAGAACAAGUCCAAGCCUUGAGCAAAAUCAAUGGUUUUCUCUCUGCCAUUCCUGACGAAAUGCUAACUCUCCACACCACAUACACUCCUCAGUUUCUUGGACUUCAAAGUGGUAAAGGCCUUUGGAAUGCUCAAAACUUGGCUUCGGAUGUGAUAGUUGGCAUUCUUGAUACUGGAAUCUGGCCAGAGCAUGUUAGUUUCAAGGACAAGGGCUUAUCUGCACUGCCUUCUAGAUGGAAAGGCGCAUGCGAGAAUGGCACAAAGUUUUCACCAUCAAAUUGCAACAAGAAGAUCAUUGGUGCAAGAGCCUUCUUAAAAGGCUACGAGUCCAUUAUAGGAAGGAUCAAUGAAACAGUUGAUUACCGAUCCCCUCGGGAUUCACAAGGCCACGGAACACACACUGCAUCAACCGCUGCUGGAAACCUUGUAAACAAUGCAAGCUUUUUUGGCUUGGCAAAUGGCUUUGCAGCUGGAAUGAAGUAUACAGCAAGAAUUGCCGUCUAUAAAGUCUGCUGGUCUUUAGGUUGCACCAACACUGAUUUAUUGGCGGCUAUAGACCAAGCUGUUGCUGAUGGUGUUGAUGUGCUGUCCCUCUCUUUGGGCGGUACCGACAAGCCGUUUUAUUCUGAUAACCUUGCUAUAGCCUCAUUUGGGGCAACCCAAAAUGGGGUCUUUGUUUCUUGCUCUGCCGGUAAUUCUGGUCCAUCUACCUCAACUGUAGGCAACACCGCACCCUGGAUCAUGACGGUUGCUGCUAGCUACACUGAUCGAAGCUUUCCAACAACCGUCAAACUUGGAAAUGGAGAAACUUUUACUGGAUCAUCUCUGUAUCCUGGCAAAGCAACCAAGCAAUUGCCAAUCGCAUAUGGAGAAACUGCAGGUGGCCAAUCAGCUAAGUUUUGCAUUAGUGGGUCACUCAACAAGAAGCUAGUAAGAGGCAAAAUUGUUGUCUGUGAGAAAGGAAUGAACGGCCGAACCGCCAAGGGAGAACAAGUGAAAUUGGCAGGAGGAGCAGGAAUGCUACUAAUCAACACCGAGGGUCAAGGUGAAGAGCAUUUGGCUGACGCCCACGUCUUGCCAGCCACCUCUUUAGGAGCUUCAGCAGGUAGAGCCAUAAAAAAGUAUGUCAACUCUACUAAAAGACCUACUGCUUCUAUUACUUUCAGAGGAACAACAUAUGGUAAUCGUGCACCAGCAAUGGCUGCAUUCUCAUCCAGAGGGCCUAGUUCAGUAGCACCAGAUGUGAUAAAGCCGGAUGUAACUGCACCGGGGUUGAACAUUUUAGCCGCUUGGCCACCUUUAAGUAGCCCAUCUCUACUCAAGAGCGACAAGAGGAGUGUGUCGUUCAAUAUAAUUUCAGGAACAUCAAUGUCAUGCCCACAUGUUAGUGGCGUAGCUGCACUACUCAAGUCAGUCCACAAAGAUUGGUCCCCAUCAGUAAUCAAAUCAGCCCUAAUGACCUCAGCUUAUGUUCUAGACAACAACAAUGCUCCAAUUGCUGAUUUUGGAGCCAAUAACUCUGCAUCAGCAACACCUUUCGCAUUUGGUUCAGGGCAUGUCAACCCCGAGAGUGCUUCUGAUCCAGGGCUAAUAUACAAUAUCACCACAGCGGACUAUCUACUCUAUCUGUGCAGCCUGAAUUAUACAUCUUCUCAAGUAGCUCUAGUGUCAAGGAAGAGUUUCAGCUGUCCUAACAAUACACUUCUUCAGCCUGGUGACCUGAAUUACCCUUCUUUUGCUGUGAAUUUUGAAGGUAAUGCUAAAAAUAUCAGCAAGACAUACAAGAGAACCGUGACAAAUGUAGGGACAUCACCGAGUACUUACGCAGUACAAGUCCAGGAACCCAAUGGGGUAUCAACAACUGUUCAGCCUAAGAAUUUGAGUUUCCAAAAAUUGGGAGAGGAACUGAGUUACAAUGUAACUUUUGUUGGGUUGAGAGAAAGAGAUGCCAGGGUGAGUUACUCUUUUGGAUCUAUAGAUUGGGUUUCAGACAAGUACAAGGUCAGAAGUCCCAUAGCAGUAACCUGGCAGUAGUUUUGGGGUUGUCACAAUACGUAGGUGCAGAAAAAGAAGAGACUUGGACAUUUCCCAAUUCAAAUCCUGUGUAAUAAUGCAGAAAUUGUUUGCAGCUUCAAUUUUUAUGUACUUGAACAUCAGGUUCAGGUGUUAUUUAUUUUU